GGCUCCCGCCGCGCCAUGUCAGACUACAGCACCGGAGGACCCCCGCCGGGGCCGCCACCCCCCGCCGGCGGAGGCGGAGGAGCUGGGGGAGCUGGAGGAGGUCCUCCACCGGGCCCGCCGGGCGCUGGGGACCGGGGCGGCGGAGGCCCCGGCGGCGGGCCGGGCGGAGGCUCGUCGGGAGGAGGGCCGUCGCAGCCUCCCGGCGGGGGUGGCCCGGGGAUCCGCAAGGACGCCUUCGCUGACGCCGUGCAGCGCGCCCGCCAGAUCGCAGCCAAAAUUGGAGGCGAUGCUGCGACCACCGUGAACAAUAGCACUCCUGAUUUUGGUUUUGGGGGCCAGAAGAGACAGUUGGAAGAUGGAGACCAGCCGGAGAGCAAGAAGCUGGCUUCACAGGGAGAGUCCAUCGGAUCUCAGCUUGGACCCAUCCACCCUCCCCCCAGGACUUCCAUGACAGAAGAGUACAGGGUCCCGGAUGGCAUGGUGGGCUUGAUCAUCGGCAGAGGAGGUGAGCAGAUCAACAAAAUCCAGCAGGACUCGGGCUGCAAAGUACAGAUCUCACCAGACAGUGGUGGCCUUCCCGAGCGCAGCGUGUCCCUGACUGGAGCUCCUGAAUCUGUCCAGAAAGCGAAGAUGAUGUUGGAUGACAUCGUGUCUCGGGGUCGUGGAGGCCCCCCAGGACAGUUCCAUGACAAUGCCAAUGGAGGUCAGAAUGGCACCGUGCAGGAGAUCAUGAUCCCUGCAGGCAAGGCUGGCCUGGUCAUUGGCAAGGGCGGGGAGACGAUUAAGCAGCUACAGGAGCGUGCUGGUGUGAAGAUGAUCUUGAUUCAGGAUGGCUCCCAGAACACAAACGUGGACAAACCGCUGCGGAUCAUAGGGGAUCCUUAUAAAGUGCAGCAAGCCUGUGAGAUGGUGAUGGACAUCCUCCGAGAACGGGACCAGGGUGGCUUUGGGGACCGCAACGAGUAUGGAUCUCGGAUUGGUGGGGGCAUUGAUGUACCUGUGCCCAGGCAUUCUGUUGGAGUAGUCAUUGGGCGGAGUGGAGAGAUGAUCAAGAAGAUUCAGAAUGACGCAGGCGUGCGGAUACAGUUCAAGCAAGACGAUGGGACAGGCCCCGAGAAAAUCGCUCAUAUCAUGGGCCCACCGGACCGCUGUGAGCAUGCAGCCCGCAUCAUCAAUGACCUCCUCCAGAGCCUCAGGAGUGGACCCCCAGGCCCUCCAGGUGGGCCUGGCAUGCCCCCUGGGGGCCGUGGACGAGGACGAGGCCAAGGUAGCUGGGGCCCUCCUGGUGGGGAGAUGACCUUCUCCAUUCCCACCCACAAGUGCGGGCUAGUCAUCGGCCGAGGGGGUGAGAACGUGAAGGCCAUCAACCAGCAGACGGGUGCCUUUGUAGAAAUCUCACGGCAACUGCCACCCAAUGGGGACCCCAACUUCAAGCUCUUCAUUAUCCGGGGCUCACCCCAACAGAUUGACCAUGCCAAGCAGCUCAUUGAGGAAAAGAUAGAGGGUCCCCUCUGCCCAGUUGGACCAGGUCCCGGAGGACCAGGCCCCGCUGGCCCCAUGGGGCCCUUCAACCCUGGGCCUUUCAACCAGGGCCCUCCAGGGGCUCCCCCACAUGCUGGUGGGCCCCCUCCUCACCAAUACCCACCCCAGGGCUGGGGCAACACCUACCCCCAGUGGCAACCUCCUGCUCCUCAUGACCCAAACAAAGCCGCUGCAGCUGCUGCAGACCCCAAUGCUGCCUGGGCCGCCUACUACUCCCAUUACUACCAGCAGCCCCCAGGCCCGGUGCCGGGCCCUGCUCCAGCCCCAGCAGCCCCACCUGCACAGGGGGAACCCCCACAGCCUCCACCCACUGGCCAGUCAGACUACACCAAGGCCUGGGAAGAGUAUUAUAAAAAAAUUGGCCAGCAGCCCCAGCAGCCCGGAGCACCACCGCAGCAGGACUACACGAAGGCCUGGGAGGAGUACUACAAGAAGCAAGCGCAAGUGGCCACUGGAGGGGGUCCUGGAGCACCCCCUGGCUCUCAGCCGGACUACAGCGCUGCCUGGGCUGAGUAUUACAGACAGCAGGCUGCUUACUACGGACAGACCCCUGGUCCUGGCGGCCCACAGCCGCCCCCCACCCAGCAGGGACAGCAGCAGGCAAGUGGGAACUGCCACCCUCCUCCUCCUCCUUUCUCCUUCCAACCCCCGGCCACCGUCCAUCCUGCCUUAGUGGGUAGCGCCGGAAACCCCUUCCCCUGCGGGGUGUGCCCUUGAUGCCAGUCUCCCGGAGCCCUGGAGCCCUGCCCCGCCGCCAGGAAGCGCCCACUGGGUCCAAAGGCUCACGGAAGAGGCUCCUCCGCCAGCCGCUGUUCCUGAGUGACGCUGUCAGGAUGCUGGGGAGCACCAGCCGCAAAGGUGGAACUUGUGAACUGGUGGGUAGUCCUGGGGUGGGGGACAGGAACAGGUCCUGUGUUGGUCGCCAAACUGGCUGCUAAACCCACUCACUCAGAAUCUGGCCACUUGGGAAGAAAACGUCUAUUUUUCCCCCUUCUGCAUCUUUUUUUGUUUUGAUUUGUUCUUUUUUUUAAUUAUUUUUUUUAAGCCAUGAUAUUUUUCCCCCGUGUCCAAGUGACUACGUGUUGCAGGCGGCCCUGGCUCUGGUGGGUUUGAGGGGAGCCUGGGAGCCCGCCAAAGGGACUGAAGGGACCAGCUCUGGCCCCACCUGGCUCAGCCGCCUCACUCUUGUGCUCGCCUGUGUGUCCUGGCCUUGUCUGUGAAGUGGGCAUGACGAUCGUUGCCACCUUCCAACCUACCUCACAGGGGUGUUGUGGGGACACCGUGAUUCUGGUUGUUGAUGUUGUGAUGCGUCCGAGCCACCCACCUCCUGCCCUCCUCCCAUCUUCCCCUCCUCCCACCUUCAGUCAGUGGGCACCCCUCCUCCCCACCGUGCACCUCUUCACCGUGCUUCUCCCUCCAUGCCUCUGCUUCUCUUCUGCUGCCGACUGCUCUUCUCUCCUCCUCUCUCUCUCUCUCCCUCUCUCUCCUGCUUCUCCUUCACCAAGGAGCAGCCUGACUUCAGCGAGUCCCUGAGACAGCCAGCCACAGCCCUCUGCCAGCCCGGCCCGCCGCCCCUCCCCGCGGUGACCGAUUCCUAUCUCUUCCCUCCGCAGGCUCAAUGAAUCGAAUGAAUGUGAACUUCAUCUGUGAAAAAAACUUUAUUUUUUUUCUCCAUUUUGUUCUGUUUGGGGGCUUGUUUUGUUGGUUUUCUAUUUGGUUUGUUUGGUGAGAGCGCGAUGGCCACCUGGGGCUGUGGGGGAGCCCUCAUGCAGGCCCCAGGCGUGGCUCCUGGCCCUGGCCCUCGCCCUCACUCACGUCUUGCAUCCUUGUCCUUCCAAAAUGGGGAUCCUUCAUGUUGAGCCAGCCUUAGAAAAUAGGGAGAAUUUAACCUCUGCCAAAAAAAAAAAAGUUUUAAAAUUAACACAGCAGAACAAAACUUAUAAAAUUAUAUAUAUAUAUAUAUAAAUCUUUAUCCCCAACCUCCAUGAGACCGUUUCUCCCAGGAUAAAGCAAUUCAUUUUCUCCCUUCCGUCCGGGGCCCUCUUCUUGUUUUUAAAAUAAACUUUUAAAAAGGAAAAAAAAAGUCACUCUUGCUAUUUCUUUUUUUCGUUUUUUUUUUAGUUAGAGUUGGACAUUCCUUGGACCAGGUGUGGGUGUCACAGGCCCCCCUCUCUUCCCCCUCUCUUUUUCUCUUUCUCCCCUGCCCCCUGCUAUUCCUCCCCGGCUCUGUCCCUGGCCCACCCCGACCCCAGGACUGGCCUGGUCUGUUGUCUUUCCAUCUGUUCGAGGAGAUAAACUGAAACAAAUGAGAACAAAACAAUUGUAUGGCAGUUUUUACUUUUUAUCGCUCGUUUUUAACUUCACAAAUAAAUGAUGACAAAAGCC